AUGCCGCGGCGUCUGUUUUCCGCCGCGGUGCUGUUGCUCCUCGUUCUGCUGAUAUGCUGCUGCGGCUGUGGGGCUGUGCACGCUGAGGGGGAGAAACCAAAUCAAGUGAAACUGCCGCAGAGCGUUGAGCUUUUCGCGCCAAAGAAGACGCAGGUGCAAAAGGGUAAUGGAAAACGAUCGAUGGAUUCUUUUGCCUCGCCUUCGCUCGCCAGUGCUGGCGGCGUCUUGGUUGCUCUUGCCGAGGGUCACAUCAACUACACAGGCCCCAAUAGUCAAUUGUUGGGGUACACUUAUUCUGAUAUUGUGGCGGGGUACAUUAACGCUGCGGCGGGCUGGGCGUCUCUUGUCGCCGAGAUCAACGCAGGCAGGUGGGAGGCUCACACCGUCUUCAGCAGGGAACGCCAAGCGAACCGUGUGGGCCGUGCGUUCUACCCCACCGCAGUUGCAAAGGACAACAAAGUCUUUCUUCUUGUGGGAAGCUACGACAUGAUCGACGACGGUAGUGAUUCACAUUUGAAGGAAGGUAACUGGAGCCUUGAGUUGCUGGUGGGUGAGGCCACGCAAGACAAACAGAUCCAAUGGGGCCAGCCCCAACAGCUGCUGCCACAGAUCGCCCAAUCCGCUCAAGCGAUCGGUGUGGAUGGGUUUUUUUCUGCUGGUGGCUCAGGCGUUGUGAUGGCGAAUGGCGCGCUUGUGUUUCCUGUGGUGGCAAAUAAGGGAGGGGAGACGUCCUCCCUUGUCUCCACGAUCAUCUACUCGACGGACGGGGGCCAACACUGGGCGCUCGCGCAGGGGAUGCUCCCUACGGACUGCACUUCGUCCCUCCUCGCCGAGUGGGAGGCGGGGCAGCUGCUCAUGAUUGCCGAUUGUACGUUUGGCCACAAGGUGUUCGAGUCGAGGGACAUGGGGGCAACGUGGGCGGAGACUGUCAGGACACUCUCGCGCGUGCGGGGUGAUUCUGAAUCAGACCCUUUGCAAGAGGCUCGGCUGGUGACGUCCCUCACCACCGCGACGAUUGCUGGGAAGGCGGCUCAUGCUCUACACCCAGACAGAGUACCCACUCGGG